GAGACUGUCAGAAUUUUUUGUCUUUCGUUUUGUGUUCUGCCUAUUUGCUGAGUCUGCUUGUUGACGUCGAUUUUCCGUGAAAAUUUUGUGAUUAAUCUAAAUCUCAAAUAAGGGAGUGGUAAAUAAAUAACAAUGUUGAGAAGAAAACUACUGGUGGUGGUGAAAGCGUUUCUAAUGGUGGCUUUGUUUGUGCCAGUGACGCAUGGAAAAUCUGAUCCUGGCAAAACUAUGAAAAUACUAACGCCGAGCGCAAAUGUGGCACGUGAGCAGCGACCAUUACUAGCCAACUCUAAAAUAAAAGUGCACAUCGAAUGUGAAAGCCAUGAGCAGUUAAAUGUUGUCGUCACAUGGACACUUUUUGAACGACCAUGUUGGUAUGAUAAACGCUUGCCCGAAAGUUUGUACAAUGCUUAUGAGCAGCAAUUGCAAUUGCAAAACAAAUCAGAUUCCGGUUUCAUUGCCAUGGACACGAAAAAUUCCUUAUGUCCAAUGCAUCCAAUUUUGUUACCCGAAAAGCCAUGGCCAAUACGAGAAACAACCGCUGCAGCAGCAAAAGCGCCGGGCGAAGCUGCAACGUCAUCACCAGCCACGGGUGCGUUGCAAUCGGCGAAUACAUUCAAACAUCCUACAGCGCCAUAUGCAAAAACAAUCAUAACUAUCGGCAGAGAUGGCAUCUACGAUUUGACACUGAAAAUUGAGGCUGCCAAAACAUCCGACGCCUCAGACUUUUCCUCGUUCGUUCAACUGGAUAUUGUUGGGCCGGAUGGCGGUUACCUCUCGGCCAUUGAUCACCCAUUGUUGGCGUUCUAUGGCAUAAUGUGCGUUGUCUAUGUGAUUUUCGGCGUUAUCUGGCUCUCUGUGUCGUUCAUGCAAUGGCGUGAUCUGUUGCGCAUACAAUUCUGGAUUGGUGGCGUCAUACUACUGGGCAUGUUAGAGAAAGCCUUCUUCUACGCGCAGUACUACAGUUUGAAUACGACAGGUGUUCCCGUGCAGGGUGCUGAACUGGUGGCGGAAUUUGUUUCGUGCGCAAAACGCACCUUGGCUCGCAUGCUUGUCAUUAUUAUGAGUCUAGGAUUUGGCAUUGUAAAACCGCGUUUGGGUCCAAUGCUUCAUCGCGUGGUCGGCGUUGGUGCGCUUUACUUUGUGUUGGCCUGCGUUGAGAGUUAUUUGCGUGUGACAAGCACGAAAACCGAUGAGCAGCUGGUUGCCGCCAUUCCCUUGGCUGUGCUGGACACAGGCAUUUGCUGGUGGAUAUUCACCUCGCUGGUACAGACUACCAGAACGCUGCGCUUGAGAAGAAAUAUGGUUAAAUUGUCGUUGUAUAGACACUUCACAAACACACUGAUAUUCUCGGUGAUUGCAUCAGUGAUGUUUAUGUUGUAUGCAUUGCAUGUGCGCAAGACACAGAACUGCACACCGGUCUGGCGUAAUAUUUGGUUAGAUACCGCCUUCUGGCAUGUGCUUUUUUCGGUGUUAUUGCUGGUGAUUAUGAUUUUGUGGCGCCCCACAAACAACAAUCAACGCUAUGCCUUCACACCGUUGCUUGAUGCUCCCGAAGAUGAGGAUGACGAUGAGGAAGAUCAAUUUGUCGCCGAUGCGUAUGGCGUAAAAAUGCGCAAUUCCCAUACAAAUGGCGGUACCAAAACUCCACCAAAUUCACAGCGCGCUACAACAACCGAGGAGGAUGAUUUGCGUUGGGUAGAAGAUAAUAUACCGUCAUCAAUAGCGGACCCAGCGUUGCCAGUUUUGGAUUCGGACGAAGAAAUUAUAACUACGAAAUUCGAAGUUUCGAAAAUGCAAUAGAUUUAGACUAUAGUAAGAAAACAAAAAAAGAAAAAAAGAAAAAAAAAACAGCACGACACACACAAUAAAAAAAAGAAAUACCAUUAGUUAUUUGUGAUUUUCUAUGUUAUUUUUUGCUAAAAUAUUUGUUACAUUAAUCAUGAGACGUCUAAGCAUUGCAAAUGCAGCAUUCUUUCAUUACUAUUAUUGAUUGUAUUUAUUGAAAGAACUUUUAAUUUAUCUUUAUUUACAUUAAAUGAUAAACGACUGCAAAAAACAGUCAUUUCAAAUAUAGAGCCGACAAAAUAUUUAAGUAUGCACAAAUUAAACUAGUAAAUUUGCAAAAUAUGCGCGAAGUCUAAGCAAAAAUAUAAAAAAUUGGGUUUAAAGUAUUUUUCAUCUUACAAUUUUUUCGAUAAUUUUCUCACACAUCUUAAGAGUUUUAAAAUCUUUGAUUUUUAAUUUUUUUCAACACACUUUAUUCUUUCCAAAUAUUUCGCUAUACACCUUCCACUCAGUCGAAUGUGUGUUCCUACAAAUGCUAAUAGAAAUAUUAUAUAACAAUAAAAAACAAAAGAAAAAAGAAAACAGCGUAAGAAAUGCCUAGUCGAGGUAUCAGUUUUAAAAGUAGUACACAACUACAUAUUUGACAAAAAAGGAAGGAGUGAAGAAAAAUAUUUUGUAAAAUAAUUGCUAAAAACUACAUUUUAUACGUGUACUACAUAUUUAGAUCUAAAUGCUUAUGUAACCAUUAAACGAGACGUAAAAUAUUUUGUAAGUUGUAGAUAACUGUAAAAUGCUGCGGCAUUAUAAAUUAUAAUUGUUUUUAGUUUUUAAAAAUAAUACGCAUACAAAAACACAUAAACACAUGCACCCACUUAAAAAUGUUGUAUGUAAUUUAAAAUUGAAAGGCCAUUACUAUAUAAACACACACACACACACACACAUAUAAUAAGUAUUUUUGUAUAUAGAUAAAAAUUACAUAUGUGAAUAUGCUGUUUUAUUUUUAUUAUUUUUAUUUUUCAAUUUAUACUAUUUCCUUUAAAGUUUAUAAAUAUAUGCUGAAUAUCUAAAUA